AUGAACGUAGCAGCUCUCUUGCAAGACUCCCCCUCUGAAGAUUCAAAUAACCGUCGUCGUCCUAUUCAACAACAAGACAACUGGCCCCCUUACGAUCGCCGACAAUCUCAAUGGUCCUCCUCUUCAGCACCGUACAUCCGCACAGAUCAGCCACAUCCACCCACACCACCACCACCAGCAGCAGCACCACCCCCCUUCUCAACCGUCGACGCUCGCACAGGGUCAAACAAUGUCACUCAACGUCCAUCUCCGCCGAACCCUCCGAACCUACCCCGGAGCAGCGCCGCCCCUUUUCCUCCUCCGGACUCGUUAUCACCACGAACAAGACAAAGGCAUCCCUCGCCCGUCAUCACGUCCACAACAACCCCACGUCACGUUCACGACAACACAACAUCUCCAGCCAUGGCCUCGCUUCGCUGCCCCAUCGAGACCCCGAUCACCCCCGGUUCCUGGCAUCAUCAUCACCCGGGGUCCUCCUCGUCCAUCGUUGGAGACAGUCGCAUUCAACAACAACUCGACUCUCGUAUUCAACUAGACCCUCGUCUUGUUGAUCGCACCACUACGCCCAUGGACUGGCCGGAGAGAGAUAGGAGAAAACAGACGGCGCUUGCUGGGCCUGGUACGGGUGCUCCUGAUGAUAUCCCACUUAAACCUCCACCACCUCCUUCACAACCCCAACCAUCUCGACAAGUCCGGAAAACCGAUCCACUAGACGAAUACAGAGACGAAAAACGACACAUUGAGCGCGAUCAACAACGAGCAAGGGGUGAGAGGGAGAGGGAACAACGAGAUAGAGAUAGAGAUAGAGAGGACAUGGAUAUCAUUCGCGCAGUUGCUUCUGAACGACAACAACAGCAACAACAUAGACCUUCCUUACCCGUCGACUAUAGGGGUCUUUCUCCUCCUCCACCUCAAGGCAGCAUAAGUGGUCCAGGACAGAGAGGCGCUACCCCUGCUGCUGCUGAACUUUUGGUCCUCAAGCACGGUGCGGAUCGGACGUACCCACCCAGCAUGGAUACCAGGCACGGUCCUCCCCCGCCUUUGUCUGCUGGUAGCGACAGGGAAAGAGAGCGUCCUAUGCACAUGGCUCGUCCGGGACCACCACCUCCUCCUCCUCCACAUCAUCUUCACCUGGGUCCUCCUGGGAUGCAUCCUCGUGAACGAGAGAGGGAGCAUAUCGUGCAGCAGCAGAGGGAACGAGAUAGGGCUCGCGAUUUGCGGGAGCGGGAGAUGUCUGACAGACGUGAGCUCGACAGAGGACGCGAGCUUGAUAGAGGACGUGAUCUUGACAGAGGGCGUGAGCUUGACAGAGGACGCGAGUUGUCGGACAGAGGACGCGAACUGCCAGACAGGGACAGAGUACGCGAACGCGAAUUGUCAGACAGGGAUCGGGAACAACACAUGCGUGAAAGAGAACGAGAAUAUCAGACCCAGCAGCAAGACUUUCCGCUUCACCCGCGUGACCGUGACCGUGAACGAGACCGGGAGCGAGAGCGAGAGAGGGAUCAUCAUCCACACACACACCGGGAUCGUGAGCACCAAAGGGAGCGCGAACAGCAUGCGUACCGUGAAAGGGAACAAGUCCACAUGCAACAACGCGACAAGGAGAGAGAGCAGCAUGUCCUUCAGCGCCAGUCGAGUCCUCCCCCUCCUCAUCCACAUCCCCAGCAAUAUCAGCAGCAGCGCCAGUCGAGUCCUCCGCACCCAAGACAAGCGAGUCCGCACAAUUCGCUUGUACAUCCUAGUCCAAGGGCGCAUGUGCAUCAGCGGCCGGGUAGUCCUCCUCGUGUGCAUGUGCAUCAGAGGCCGGGUAGUCCUCGUAGACCACCCAGCCCUCGCGCUCAUCAACGACCACUUAGUCCUCGUAGACCACCCAGCCCAAGUCCUCGCGCUCAUCAACGCCAUCCAAGCCCACGCCGCCCACCAAGUCCUCACGCCCAAAGACAAUCAAGUAAUCCACCACUUGUUCCUCCAGCUGUUCCUCCGCCACCGCAACAGCAGUUCCAGACACGCUUCCACACGCAGUUCGUCACUGGCCUGUCGAGGGUGUCUUCGCCUGUCCCUGUCCCUGGCCCUGGGAUGGGCGGUGGGAUUGGGAUGGGGAUUAUGGUUGGGGAUGGUGUGAAGAGGGAUGUUAAACGGGGUGCUGGGGACCACGAACGUGAAAGGGAGAGAGAAAAGAAGGGGUCACUAAGCCUAAGCCGGAGUGGUGGUGGUGGAAGGGAACGUGAGAGGGAGAGGGAACGGGAAAGGGAACGGGAUAUGUAUGCUGCUGCUUUGGGAGCAGGAGCAGGAGGGAGGAAAGUGGAUGUUGACGCGCACCAGCACCACCAGCAGCAUGAGCGGCAAGCUCAUAGACCCGGACAUGGGCAUCAUCACCAUGUACAUCAUCAUCAUCACCAACAUCACCACCACCACCAGCCGCAGAAUCAUAAUCAACAACAGCCCCAUCACACGCAUCGUAAUGAAGAAGAUGUUGAGAUGCUUGAUGGGGAUGGGUGGCAUGAGGCACAGGAGGCGCAAGAAGAAGAGGAGGAGGAGGUGAUGGUGGGUGAGGAUGCGCCAAAGGCGAGGGUGAAGGUUGAUUUGGGGACCUUUGUGUAUCCCCGUGUUCCGUUUCCUUAUUUCUUUGAUUUGGGAUCUGGGUUGUUGGUGAGGGAUAAGGAGGACGAUAGCAAGGAUGUGGAGAUGGAGGUGGUGCAAGAGAAGGUUGAGAAAAGUGGGAAUGGGAAUGGGAAUAAUGGAGAGGAGGGUGAGAUUCGGGAGGUGAAAGACAAAGAGAAAGACAACGAGAAAGAAAAAGAGAAAGAUAAGGUGAAGGAGGAGGUGGUUACUGAGAAGAUGGAGGGAUGGGAGCCUGAGCCUGAGAAGCCCGAGGAAGGGAAGAAAGAGUUAGCUCAAGACGAACAAUACACCGUCGACGUGGAAACGCGCGCGACAAUCAUCAUACCGUGCGGUCAUAUACCCCUCGAAAAGCCCACGCGCCCACGAAUAUGGGGUGGAGGUCUUACCGGACCCACGCGCCGUAAAUCCACGUCGAGGAGGAGGCGUAGUUCGUCCAGGAGACGGAGUUCUGGGAAGACUAGCAAUAACAAGCCUCCCUUCGAAGUGCCCUUGCCCUCUUCCUCCUCCUCCUCCUCCAAACGUCCCAGACGGAUAUACACGGACGACUCUGAUUUAUUCCUCUGUGCGGUGCACGCUGGCUGGGUAACAUGGAGUGGAGCUGCGAAAGCCCGGAAGAUGGGAAGGGAUAUGAGGGUUGAUGUUAGGGUGUUGAGGUGUACGGGUGUUGGGGUGGGUAGUAUUUUCGCUGCUGGUGGUGGUGCUGGUGAUGAUGAUGGGGCACUGAGUAUUGUGAAGGAGGAGGUUGUGGGGAGGUUUAUUGCUGGGUGGGGGGAGAGGUGUACGAGGGUUUGUGGGAGGAGGGGGUUGCUUCGUAAAGAAGAGGAGGAGGACGCGUUGAAUCAAGAGCAGGAGGGGGAGGAUGAUGUUCCUGAGAAUGAUGGUCGUGGAUUGGCUAGUGCUGCGUGGGGUAGUGGACAUGAUGGGAGUGCUAUUGAGAUUGUUGGUGUUGAGUUUGUGGAGGUGAAUACUUCAGCUGAACUUCAUCGUCUUUCUUCCUCUUACUUUUUCUUUCAGAAGGGAACUGCACGCACCUCCCCCAAUCUAGGUCGGCGAAAUCGCUCUCAACGUCUUUUAGAGUACACUGAACGACGAGCGAGCAUUUUGGGCGUACCCUGUGCGCGCCUUGCAAGCAGGAAGAGGAGGAGAGGAGGAGGAGGAUGCUGGGAUAGUUGGCCUCUGCGACGGCUGCCUAAUGCCACGGUUUUGGAUGUUAUUCCUGAAGUUGAGGAGGAGGAGGAAGAGGAAGAUGAUCACGUUGCGAGGAGGUUGACGAACUGGAAGGAGGAGUGUGAGUUGAUGAGUAGGAUGAAUAUGGUGUUUGCUGUGGGUAUUACGGGUGAUAUGAGGAUUGGAUAUAAAUAUGUUCCUUCUCUCAUCAAGGAGAUCUUAUUCCCUUCGCCUCAACCAUCUCCUCCACCACGUAAACGUCGAAGAAUAGAAGACCCUGACGCGGGCUCUAGUCCCGACAACAACAACACCAACGAAUUACAAAGGUCACUCAUCCUCGAAACUGUGAAAGAGAGCUACCUUCUUUCGCCUAGCGUAGACUCUACCGAAGGGGGCCGCAAAUACGACAUUUGUUUGAUUUUGGAAAAGGAAGUUGUGGUUGAGGUGGAUCCGGUUCUUGUUGUUGAUGGAGAGCAUUCGGUGGUGGUUGUGGAUGAUGUUGUUAUGGGAGACGUUGUGCCCGUGCAAGGGCUAGCUGCGCAGACGGAAUCAACGACGCUUGAAGGUCAGCCCACAGAGGCAAUCUCAAGUUCGGGCUCUGCGAUGGAUACCAAGGCUGAGGAUGUCAACUCUAAAACUGAAACCCCCUCCAAUACCGUCGAACCACCGGAAGAUAGUCAACCCUUGGAUAUCGGUGACACUUCUCCUCAUUCUACAGAGUCAUCUCCACACCCGCCAGCUACACUUCCCAAAGUGUCGACUGACGACGUCCCCGGCACCUCAUCAGUUCCUGAAGAUCAUCCACCACUGCCUCCACCUACCACCGCCUCUGAUAGCUCGAUAGUCCCAAGUACUAAAGAGAACGAAAAGGUCACACCACCACCACCACCACCACCACCACAUCAGCCAGUUCAGGUUCUGCAACGGAAUCUCACAGAGUCCAUGUUCCGCUUCACUUGGGAGGGCGUGAAGAUUGUUGAACGGUCAAGUGAUGACGGGCCCGUGGAGACGGAGUGGGCGAUCCAAGUUGUCAAUUGGAAGUGGGCACCUGCUUUGCGGUGA